GUCAGGUUAGGAAGUGAAUGUCGUCCAGCGCUAGCGAUUUCAAGCGAGAGAGAGUGGUGUCUGGGACUUAUUCUUGCUCCAUCCGUUCCACACCUCAACUUUGAACAAAGUUGAAUAACAAGACCAAGCAUCGUGGAUUACCCCAGUUUUUUUUUUGCAUUCCUGAUGUAUUAAUUUUACCCCCAAAAAAGUGUGUGGGGUUUUUUUUGUGUGUGUUGAGGAGAAAUAUUUAUAGCCUUAGUUUUGUGCAGCAAAGUUUACAGCACGUGUGAGUUUACAAAUUCAUUCUUUUUGUUUUUGUUUUUGUUUAUAAAAAAAAGAGAGAUUUCAAAAGAGAGCAAAAAGGGCGAGGGUUAGUCUAUUCUGUCUCUUACACGCACACACACGCACACACACACAUUACCGUUCUUGUUUGUGAACAGACUAAUCGUAAACCCAAUUAAAGUACUGGUUUGAGAUGAAGAUGCGUUCUUAAAACUGUAAGCAACGGCGAUGGAAGGAUCGAACGGGUCUAAAUUUGGAAUAGACACUAUUUUGGCCAACAGUUCUGGUAGCCCGGUGCUGGUGAACGGUGAUUAUCGUCACGGCGACAGCAGGACUUCAGAUUUUCGAAAUCAGGCCACCCCGUCUCCCAGCUCGGAGAUAGACACGGCGGGCACGGCUCCCCUUUCGCCCAUGUCUAUGGAACAUCAGGAGCAGCAUCUCGGACCGGACAAGCUCCAUCCACAUCAGCAGCAAAGUUUGCAACAACAACAGCCGCCGCCGCCUCAGCAGCAGCAGCAACUGGCCGCGGGCGGCUCUGCUUCCCGGACUUCCACCUCAUCGUUUUUAAUCAAAGACAUCUUGGGCGAUAGCAAACCGCUGGCAGCGUGCGCCCCUUACAGCACCAGUGUCUCCUCGCCCCAUACCCCCAAACCAGAGGCGGAAUCCUUCAGGCAAAAGGCAGAAUCCGAAGAGGCGAAGAACCGCGACAAGCUCGACAAACGAGAUGACACUCCGAAUGAUAGCAUGAAAUGCAACGGCACAAAAGAGGAAGGCGACCGUGAAAUAUCCAGCAGCCGGGACAGUCCCCCAGUGCGGGCGAAGAAACCUCGGAAAGCGAGGACGGCUUUUUCGGACCAUCAGCUCAACCAGCUUGAGCGCAGUUUCGAGCGCCAGAAAUAUCUCAGCGUCCAAGACCGCAUGGACCUGGCGGCGGCACUCAAUCUGACAGACACCCAGGUCAAAACCUGGUAUCAGAACAGGAGGACGAAGUGGAAAAGACAGACCGCCGUGGGGUUGGAACUCCUCGCCGAGGCUGGAAAUUACUCCGCUUUGCAGAGAAUGUUCCCAUCGCCCUAUUUCUACCACCCAAGUUUACUAACUAACAUGGACACAACGGCGGCGGCGGCUAUGUACAUGUACCGGACUCCACCGCCCCACCCCGGACUACAGCGGCCGCUUGUCCCGCGAGUCCUGAUCCACGGGCUGGGCCCGGCGGGACAGCCAGCACUCAAUCCUCUGGCCAGCCCUAUCUCGGGCACGGCGCACCCCCGGUGAGAAAGAGAGAGAACGAGAGAGAGAACGAGAGAGGGUGAAAGGAGAAGAGGGGAAGAAACACACUCACACAUACACACACAGCCACACACACACUCACUCACACA